GUUUUGUGGGAUCAUCACAAAUAUGGUACAGCUACAGCUUCAAGUUAUCACUUGCAGAGAAUUUGUCUUAUCUGUUUUAGACAAGCAGGACUGUAUGGGAAAAGGCGAGGUCAGAAAGAAGAGGAUGAGCAAGAAGAUCUUACCAAGGACAUGGAGGACCCAACACCUGUACCGAACAUAGAAGAAGUGGUACUUCCCAAAAAUGUGAACCCAAAGAAAGACAGUGAAAACACGCCAGUGAAAGGAGGAACAGUAGCAGACCUAGAUGAGCAGGAUGAAGAGACAGUUGCUACAGGAGGAAAGGAAGAUGAAGAUCCCAACAAAGGUGAUCAGAGUCGAUCCAUUGACCCGGGUGAAGACAAUGUCACAGAACAGACCAAUCACAUAAUUAUUCCAAGCUAUGCAUCAUGGUUUGACUACAACUGUAUUCAUGUAAUUGAACGCCGCGCUCUUCCAGAGUUCUUCAAUGGGAAAAACAAGUCCAAGACUCCAGAAAUAUACCUGGCUUACCGUAACUUCAUGAUUGAUACGUAUCGCUUAAACCCUCAGGAGUACUUGACCAGCACUGCCUGCAGAAGGAACUUGACUGGAGAUGUAUGUGCUGUAAUGAGAGUGCAUGCCUUUCUGGAGCAGUGGGGUCUAGUUAACUACCAAGUGGAUCCAGAAAGCCGUCCCAUGGCAAUGGGCCCUCCUCCUACUCCUCACUUCAACGUGCUUGCUGAUACCCCCUCUGGACUUAUGCCUCUUCAUCUCCGAGCUCCUCAGGUCCCUGCUGCCCAGCAGAUGUUGAGCUUUCCUGAGAAAAACAAAGAAAAGCCUACUGACCUGCAGAACUUUGGACUUCGCACAGACAUUUACUCAAAGAAGACCUUGGCAAAGAGUAAGGGAGCCAGUGCUGGAAGAGAAUGGACAGAGCAAGAGACGCUGCUGCUACUAGAGGCUCUGGAGAUGUACAAAGAUGACUGGAAUAAAGUCUCUGAGCACGUUGGGAGUCGCACCCAGGAUGAAUGCAUUCUCCACUUUCUGAGACUUCCCAUAGAGGACCCUUAUCUGGAGAACUCUGAUGCAUCCUUAGGCCCAUUGGCUUACCAGCCUGUACCUUUCAGCCAGUCUGGAAACCCGGUGAUGAGCACUGUUGCUUUUUUGGCAUCUGUGGUAGAUCCUCGGGUGGCAUCAGCUGCAGCUAAAGCUGCUUUAGAGGAGUUUUCUCGGGUCCGAGAGGAGGUACCAUUGGAACUAGUUGAAGCCCAUGUCAAGAAAGUGCAGGAGGCAGCAAGAACCUCUGGGAAGGUGGAUCCAACAUAUGGACUAGAGAGCAGCUGCAUUGCUGGAACAGGUCCAGAUGAGCCAGAGAAGCUUGGUAGGUCAUACGUUUUGAAUGCAGAAAUUUUUGCAGAUCAGGUUUAUCUUUAGUACUUUUUUUCAGCG